AUGUCUGCUGCCACUGCACAUGCGCCUGCUUCGGGCCCUCCCACAGGACUUUCCCACUACUCUUACCCACAACAACCGUCAAUGUUGCAGCCUGGCCCUCAGUAUGGAUCCGCGCCGCCAGGCUACCCCUCAUAUGGCUAUGGCAAUGGCGUGCCCCCACAGCUGCCGACAUCAUCAUCGAUGAAUAGCUCGAUGGUGCCUUCGACGAUCCAGCUUCCUGCAAUGUCUUCAGGUGCACCGGUGCCCGCGCCACAAAGUUAUCAGACUCAUACGUUCGACCACACUGGACAGGUCGCCCCACCAGGAAUGAAGCCUCGCGUUACCGCCACGCUCUGGGAAGACGAGGGUAGUCUUUGUUUCCAGGUCGAAGCUAAGGGCGUAUGCGUCGCUCGUCGUGAAGACAACCACAUGAUCAACGGCACCAAGCUCCUGAAUGUGGCUGGCAUGACACGAGGCCGCCGAGAUGGCAUCUUGAAGAGUGAGAAGACAAGACAUGUCGUCAAGAUUGGCCCUAUGCAUCUUAAGGGUGUUUGGAUUCCCUUCGAGCGAGCACUCGAGUUCGCGAAUAAGGAAAAGAUCACCGAGCAGCUGUACCCUCUCUUUGUCCACGACAUUGGAGCCCUGCUCUAUCAUCCUACAAACCAGAACAGGCAAAGUGUAGGAAGCGCCGCCAUGGCCGCUGUUGGUCGUCCUCGAUCUGACAGUGUGCAGACUGCUCAACGAUACUUGACAGGGCCAACCACAUCGCAACCUCCUUCUCUUCACCACCACCAUUCGAUGAGCAACCCCAUCGGUGCGGCUAUGUCGCAGCCUCCACACGCCAUCCAGCCGCACCCAUCUGCAGGGCGACCUGGCCUUGAUCGUGCUCACACCUUCCCUACACCACCUACAAGUGCGUCGAGCAUCAUGGGUAUGGGCAAUCAAGGCGGCUCCUAUGAGUGGAACGGCGCCAACGUCCAGAAUGCUCCCGGCAACCAACCGCUCUCUAUUGACACUGGCCUGAGCAAUGCUCGCUCCGUGCCAACAACACCAGCAAGCACACCUCCUGGCGCUGUACAGCAGGGCAUCUCAUACCCUUCUGCGCAAAGCUACGAUGGUUCCAGGCCAAUGUAUUCUGCCCCUCCUUCUCAACCUGGCCAGUAUCACACUCAAGGCCAGCCCAUGAUGGGAUACCGCAAUGAUGGCUCGUAUCCUAAGACAGAGAUGGCACCACCAUCCAGGAUCACCGAGGUACCAGAUGAGGGUGAGGUCAAACCUGCCGACGGUUCCUUGUCACAGAGCAACGACCAGGCAAAUGCACCUAACGGAGGCGAAGGUGAUCACGAGCAGGAUCAUGAGUACACCCACUCCAAUGCUCCCUACAACGGCAACAGGAGCGCAUACGGCUACAACCCUAGCGGCGUUCAGGGAGCAAUGCACCCUGACCACCCCCACUUGUCCCCGGAGAUGACUGGAUCCCCGCACCAAAAUGGGUCUGGACGCGCGACUCCACGCACAACAACAACAGGGCAGGCAUGGAGCUCAGGUUAUCCUACACCUCAGCGCCAGGGACUUCCAUCGAGCAAUCUGUACAGCGUCAUGAGCAGCGACCCCCGUGCUGCUUCUAACGGUAAUGCACCUCACGACGGCUACCCAGGUCCCACACAGUACGCCAACCAAGGCUACCCUGCAACAAACGGCUUAGGAUCUGCCAAACGCGGUCGUGACGACGAGGAGCAAGAUUCUUACCGACCUGACAGCGUCCAGGGCGACGACAUGGGUGGUCUCAAGAGGCGAAAGACAAUGGAGGGAGGCGCUGUUGGCCCAUACGCCCAGGACCCCACCCCAGGUCUUCAACGUGCUCACACCAUGCAAGCUCAAGCUCAAGCUCAAGCUCAGCGUGUCCGGAGGUAG